AUGGCAUCUCUGCUCGGAACACACUGCAGGCUGUUCUACCGUACUCUCCACCGGGACUCGCCAUACUUCCGGGCGCAGCUUGGAACGUACGCUCGGGUCCGACGUCCAGCAGCCAUGGCAGCUGAACAGAAUCCACACGAGGGCGACUAUUUCAACUACACAUCUGGCAGAUGGCUGUUCUUUACCCCGCCUACGCUUCGCCGCAUACAGACUAAUGGUCUUUCAGGUACAAUGAGAGGAAACGGCUCGAGGAACGACACGUGCACUUCAACAUUACCGCUCUUCUCGAAGCCGCAGCAGCCUCGAUCAACCGGCAAAAGAGCGACGUGAAGUCUUUUCGCAAGCUGGCCGAAGGUGGUUUCAAUCGAGUAUUUGAGAUUACUAUGCGGGAUGGGCUGCAGAUCGUCGCUCGACUCCCAUAUUCUUCUACGCAACCAAAGUCUCUUGCAACUGCAAGUGAGGUUGCAACCAUGGAUCUGGUCCGUAUUCAUGGCGUGCCAGUGCCGGUCGUCUACGGAUACUCCGCAGACGACAACAAUCCUGUCGGAGCGGAAUACAUUUUCAUGGAGAAAGUCGCGGGUCAGUGCCUAGGCGAGAUCUGGUUUGACCUUUCCGACAGAGAGAGACUCAAACUUCUAGGUGCGAUUGUGGACCAGGAGGCCAAGAUGUUCGACAUCGCUUUUCCUGCUUAUGGUAGCAUCUACUAUACAUCGGACGUGCCUGAGGGUAUGGGUCGGACGCAGUUAACGCACCAACUUGAGAAACUUUGUGUCGGACCAGACGUCUCCUUAAAGCAUUGGUUUGGAAACCGAAGUCAACUUGCUAUUCAGCGUGGCCCAUGUAAGAUCACUGGUGCCCUACAGGCAGUCAAUUGACUUGAAAAUGAGCUGAUCUGUUGGUUUCUAGCAACAAGUGCUUACGAAGUUCUUGCAGCCGCAGCGAACAAAGAGAUUUCGUGGGUUCAAUCGUAUAGUAGACCCCGGUUUCCAUUCGACCGAGAGUAUCGCGAAAUGUUCGAUUACAAAAAGGUGGAUCCUUGUGAACAUGCUCGCAAUCUGCAGGCUUUUCUCGACAUCGCUCCUCAUAUCGUACCUCGUCAGGAGUGGCUUCACAGGCACGUCAUCCGACACCCAGACCUGAAUCCUAACAACAUCUUUGUCGACGAUAACUUCAACAUCUCGGGUAUAAUUGAUUGGCAACACAGUGUUGUCCUGCCUCUCUUUUUGCAUGCUGGUAUCCCUGCUUCGCUACAGAACUAUGGCGAUCCAGAAUCCGAAGAGCUAAAGAAGCCCGAAUAUCCUACGAACCUUAACGAACUGGAUGAAGACGAUCGAAGGAAAGAUCUCGAGCUUUAUCGUCGCCGGCAUACGCACUUUUAUUACAUUGGAGCCACGAUAACAAAGCUGAACACCCACUACAAAGCACUGUCCCAUGACAAAGGUCUUCUUCGGAAGAAAUUGUAUCAGCACGCUGCAGAACCUUGGGAAGGCAAUCCUAUCCCUCUCAAGGCCGAUCUUGUGCAGAUAGCGACAGGCUGGUCGGAAUUCGCAAAUGCUGACGCCAACGACGCCGGCAACGACAACCACAACAUGCCGACAUGUCCAAUUGCUUUCGAUGCAGGAGAAGUUGAUGCGACGAUGAACAAGAUGCUAGAGCAAGAAGAUAUGGACGGGAAGAUGCGAAUACUGCGAGAAGUGAUUGGGAUCAGCAAUGAUGGCUGGGUGCAGUUUGAGCGAUACCACGACGCAGUAGCUGAGGCGGCAGAGAUGAAGAAGCAGGCCCUAGGUUUCGCGGAGAGUGAUUUGGAGCGAGAAACGACGGAGCGACACUGGGUGUUCGACGAUUUCGACGAAGAGGAAUAG